AUGAGCGUGGCGGCUCUGGACAAAAAGACUGUUACAGUGGACCACGUUCCGCGACCCGCUUUAGGAGGCUCCAUCCUCCAUCGGGUCAAGACGGACUGCGUGAGCAACGGAUGGAUCGGCGUUGAUGUCCGGAUCCAAGAACUAGACUGCACGUAUAUGACUACUCUGAUCGCGGGAAGCGUGGGCAUGGAGUUCGAGGCCAGUGGUGAUCAUGGCGAAGCACUAGACACCGUCAAGUCGCUUUCUGGAUGGUGGGCGUACAUGAAGGCGGAAGACUCCAAAUCUUGCGAGAAGGAUCAGCUUGAGGCAGAGACAAAACCCGAGGGGGAUCAAAUCGGUGCGGUCACCGACCCAGCUCUUGUCCUAGAGUCACGGAAGAGAAUGUGGGCAGAUAUGGCCGCGAGGCUUGAAUAUCAAAGAUGUGCUCUUUUCGGGGAGAUGGUGUCGAUAUCGCGUUGA